UUUAGAGAUCAUAUUGCGUAGUGUGGAUUUAUCCUUGUAUGUGUAAUUUGCAGGAAGAUGGGUGGGUUGUAUGCAGAGUGUUCAAGAAGAAGAAUCAUUUCAGAGGAUUUCACCAUGAACAAGAUCAAGAUCAUCAUCAUCAUCACCAUCACCAAUACAUAAGCACAACCAAUGAUCAUGAUCACCAUCAUCACAUUGACUCCAAUUCAAACAAUCAUUCUUCUUUGAUCCCACAUCCUCUGGAUCAUCAUCAUCAUCACAUCGGACGACAAAUCCACAUGCCAUUACAUGAGUUUGCAAACACUCUGAGCCAUGGCUCAAUGCAUCUCCCUCAGCUCUUUAGCCCUGACUCAGCUGUAGCAGCUGCAGCGGCAGCAGCAGCAACUCAACCGUUUGUGUCGUCAAUCAAUACAACGGACAUUGAAUGUUCACAGAAUCUACUGAGGCUGACUUCUAACAACAACUAUGGUGGAGACUGGUCGUUUCUGGACAAGCUUCUCACUACAACCAACAUGAAUCAGCAACAGCAGCAGCAGCAAGUGCAGAACCAUCAAGCAAAAUGUUUUGGUGACUUGAGUAACAACGAUAAUAACGACCAGGCUGUUGUUACUCAUGACCAUUUGGGUAACAGCAAUGGUGGUUCGUCUUCAUCUCCGGUUAAUCAAAGGUUUCCGUUUCACUACUUGGGAAACGAUGCUAAUCUUCUCAAGUUCCCAAAGUAGAUCAAUCGGAUUUGAUGGAUCUCAUGUUUUUCGAUUUUAUUCUCUUCUUUAAGCUGUGGAACUUUUGACACAGCAACCAACUCAGUGUUCGAAGAAUCUGUUUGUUUUUUUUUUUAUCUAUGAUUCUGUCUUCCAUUUAUGAUAUUUUUUUCUGGCUCUCCGGGGACUAAUACCUCGUCAAGCUUCAAUUUUGUGCCCA